AUGGACAGCGGUCGAAUAGAAGACCUCCUGCACCAGUACGUAACACACAUGGAGACUUUACAAGGCGAACUACGUACAAAAGGAGAACAGGAAGAAAAAAUUGAAGUAAACCAGCAUGAGGCUGGUAUUACUAGCAGACCAGUACCAACAGAGACAUCAAGAAUUGCCGUGCGGGUUCCGCCGUUCUGGGCCGACAGACCAGCAGUUUGGUUCGCUCAAGCCGAAGCACAGUUCACUUUGGCCGGUAUCAGUAGCGAGCAGACGAAGUUCUGCUACGUAAUCUCGCAGUUGGACCAACGUUACGCAUCGGAAGUAGAGGACAUCAUCACCUCGCCACCCAAACGAGGCCCCUACACCCUACUAAGAACCGAGCUUGUGAGGCGGCUAUCCCCAUCACCAGAGCAGCGCAUGCGGCAACUCUUCACGGUCGAAGAAAUUGGCGACCGUAAGCCGUCCCAGUUCCUGACGUACCUCAAAAGCCUCGCACCAGACCUGUCUGAUAACGUCAUCCGAAGCGUCUGGACCAGCCGGCUACCCCGCAACGUGCAGAGCUUCCUCGCCGGCCAGAACGAGAGCAACCUGGAGGCCGCAGCCCUCUGUGCAGACCGCAUUUCCGAGGUCGACGUCCGGCCAGCACUCGCUAGCGUUGAUGAGCCCACGGACAUCGGCGCACUUCGGCAGGAGAUAGCUGAUCUCUCCCGCCAAGUGGCUGCAUUGAGCACCGAACAAGACCGCCUCCACGCCGGCUUCAAAAAUCUCGACACCAAACCGAGAGACAGAGGCUCCAGUCCCAAGGGUUCCCGCCCCGCCUUCAACAACCGCCGGCCCUGCAGCAGAUCCCCUUCCCGUGGCGACACCACAUCCAGUAUCUGCUGGUACCACCGCCGCUUCGGCGCUCGGGCCCAAAACUGUACUCCGCCCUGCUCCUACAGCCAGCAGGGAAACUGA